AUGUCGCCACCCACAAAUAGAAGGGAGAUCUUGGGCAGACUCCGGUCGCAAAUAGACCAAGGCAAACCCAUUGUUGGCGCUGGUGCUGGAAUCGGGCUCUCAGCAAAGUUCAUCGAAGAAGGCGGCGGCGAUCUAAUCAUCAUCUACAACAGUGGUCGGUUUAGAAUGGCCGGUAGAGGAUCACUGGCUGGUCUCAUGCCUUACGGAAAUGCGAACGAUGUUGUGCUCGACAUGGCCAAUGAAGUGCUGCCGGUCAUUAAAUCCACACCAGUUGUCGCAGGCGUUUGCGGCACUGACCCGUUAAGAAAUAUGCCAUUCUUCUUGAAACAGUUACACGACAUGGGCUUCGCUGGUGUGCAGAACUUUCCCACGGUAGGACUGAUCGACGGCCAGUUUCGUGCCAACUUGGAAGAAACAGGAAUGUCGUACGACUUGGAGGUUGACAUGAUAGCAAUGGCUCACAAGAUGGGCUUGCUCACAACUCCGUAUGUAUUCAAUGUGCAAGAGAGCGAGAAGAUGACUCGCGCAGGUGCCGAUGUCCUUGUUGCGCACAUGGGGCUCACUACCAGUGGAUCAAUUGGUGCUACGUCGGGUAAGACCUUGGACGAGUGCGUCUUGCUUAUUCAAAAGAUUCGCGAUGCUGCGGUUGCUAUCAACCCCGAUGUUAUCGUGUUAUGCCACGGAGGACCAAUAGCCAGUCCAGAAGAUGCACAAUACGUUCUGACACGCACAAGCGGGAUUCAUGGGUUUUAUGGCGCAAGUUCCAUGGAAAGGUUACCAGUUGAGACUGCAAUCACUGAUAUUACGAAGAGUUUCAAGAGUAUCCGUCCCUAG